UCCGUACUUCCUACACGACUGCGUGGAGAGUCUGGGCCGUGGUGCGACAGGAGUCCCGAGUGUGUUACCGGUAUGUGGAGGAGGCAAAGCUGUACCACUUACUGCCAGACAGGCGGGCGGAACUGAGCUCGGAGCGAACCAAACCUCGCAACAGUGCUGCCACUAUUGAGGUUAUAGUUGCAGUCGGAGGCGAAGAUGAGAAAGUGGUGCUACGUUCAGUUGAAUGUUACUGUGUCAAAAGCCGCAUCUGGCGAUCCAUGGCGUGCUUGCCUUUUCGCUGUUAGCAAGCACGGA